CUUAACGCGUGUUGCCGCGUGUUAUCGUUGGCGAACGAAAGCAACGAGGAUGCUCAAGUUUAUAAGAGGGAAGGGCCAGCAACCCACCGCCGAACGGCAGAAACUUCAGAAGGAUCUCUUUGCCUUUCGAAAGACAGUGCAGCAUGGUUUCCCAAACAAACCAACAGCCUUCGCAUGGGAUCCGAGUUUACGACUAAUGAUCAUUGGGACGACAUCCGGCGCCAUCAAAGUAUUUGGAAGACCCGGAGUUGAAUUUUACGGUCAACAUUCCAGCGAAAGUGGGGAAAAUGCAGUUACAAAAAUUGUCGCUAUUCCGAAUGAGGGUCGGAUCGUUUCUCUCUGCGAUGAUAAUUCUUUACACUUAUGGGAAAUCAAUGAAAAUUCAGUUGUGGAGACAAAAUCAUUAUCAUUGGAAGGAAAGCUGAAGAAAAUUUCAGCUAUAUGUUUGGAAUCAAGUGGGGAACAUCUACUUUUAGGAGCAGAAGGAGGUAACAUUUACCUUCUGAAUUUGAAAACAUUUGCAGUACCCGAUAACAUCAUCUAUCAAGAUGUAGUAAUGCAAAACGUGCCUGACGAUUAUAAGAAAAAUCCAGGAGCAGUGGAAGCUAUAGCAGAACAACCAGGCCAUCCGGACAAUAUACUUAUUGGAUAUAACCGAGGUUUGAUGGUACUCUGGAAUAAAGCUACUCCAGGAGCACAGCAGCUGAUGGGUUUGUUUUCGCGUACGCAGACAUUCGUAUCCACGCAACAGCUGGAAUCAGUGCAUUUUAUUUCUGAGAGUCGGUUUGUCUCAUCUCACAACGAUGGGUCCUACACGUUCUGGAGUCCAGGUAGCGAUGCAGUUGCAGACCCGACGACUCCGUAUGGUCCUUUUCCUUGUAAAGCUAUUACGAAAAUUCUUGUAUAUCCCACUGCCGAGCAUGGAGAAUUGGUGCUCUUCUCUGGUGGUAUGCAACGCGCUAGUUAUGGCGAUCGUCAUACUAUCACUGUUAUGACGAAGGAUAAACACGUCGUAUUUGAUUUUACUUCGAAAGUUAUUGACUUCUUCACCGUAUUUGCCAGAGAUGAAGACGGCAAAGAAAUUCCAGACAAUCCUGAGGCCUUGAUCGUAUUAGCCGAAGAAGAAAUUGUAGCUAUUGAUUUAACAAAUCCUCAAUGGAAAAUGAUGGCUCUGCCGUAUUUGGUAUCGCUUCAUGCCAGCGCGGUAACUUGUUCCCAACACGUUCCAAAUGUUCCUGAAGAACUUUGGGAUUCAAUAGUGUCUGCCGGAAAAGCACAGACAGAGCACUUAUACUCGGAUAAAGAGUGGCCUAUCGAUGGGGGAACUAUUUUAUGCAACAAACCGGAAAAUCCUGAUAAACUUGAAAAUAGAGAGUUGUUACUUACCGGUCACGAGGAUGGAACCGUAAGGUUUUGGAAUGCAUCGGAUGUCUCGUUAACACCUUUAUACAAAUAUAACUCGUCGAUUCUUUUUACCGGAGAACACUUGGACGUGCUUGAGCAACCACCGGAGGACGAUGAAGAUGAAUGGCCACCGUUUCGAAAAGUGGGCACAUUCGAUCCGUAUUCCGAUGACCCACGUCUUGCAGUAAAAAAAGUUCUCUUGUGUCCGUUAUCUUCAACGUUAGUAAUAGCAGGGACAGCUGGUCACGUAGUUACAGCUGUAAUAUCUUCCGAACCAGUUAAUAAAGAAAUAAAAGCAGUGACGAUGAAUAUUGUAAAUGAUCGUGAUGGGUUUAUAUGGAAAGGUUACGAUCAUUUGCCUGUAAGGACAGCCAGUAUAUCUUUUGCAAUUGGUUUUCAACCUCAAAGCAUUCUACAGUUAUAUCCACCAGCUGCUGUUACAGCAUUAGCAAUGCAUAGUGAAUGGGGUUUACUUGCUACGGGUACAGCUCAUGGUUUAGCAGUUUUUGACUACACAAGGGUAAAGCCUGUUACUGUUAAAUGCACACUUAACCCAAAUGAUCUUUCUGGCGCAGGAGACACACCAAUUUCUAGGAGAAAAUCAUUUAAGAAAUCUUUAAGGGAAUCCUUUAGAAGGUUAAGGAAAGGAAGAUCGCAAAGACGGACAAAUGCUAGUAGUCCAACGAGAAGUACCGUAAUAGAGAAAAAGAAAGAAAUCUCUAGCGUAGCAUCUUCUCCAAGUGCCGAUUUAUCGCCCAUGGAAUUAAAGCCGGUAGAAAGACAAGUUGAAGCUAGGCCAGUAGAUGAUGCGUUAGGGUCUAUGGUACGAUGCUUGUAUUUCGCCAGAAGUUAUAUCAUAAGCAUGCAAAACACAACACCCACGCUUUGGGCAGGUACUAAUAACGGGACGGUGUACGUUUUUACUUUAGCGAUACCCGCUGGUGUUAGGAGAACGGAAGAAGACGUAAAUUGUACACUUGGAAAAGAAAUACAGUUGAAGCAUCGUGCUCCAGUUAUUGCUAUAACCAUAUUAGACGGUUCGAACGUACCUUUACCAGAACCAUUUGAAGCAGAAAAGGGAGUUUCUCCAGGGCCAGAUAUGGCAUCACCACAUAGAGUAUUAAUAGCGAGCGAAGAACAAUUUAAAAUUUUUAAUCUACCAUCGUUAAAACCAAAUUGCAAAUAUAAACUUACUGCUCAUGAAGGGUCCAGAGUGCGUAAAACGGGCUUUGCUAAGUUUACAUGUCCCAUCGAUUCUACGGGAGUGCAUGUUGAAACAUGCUUACUUUGUUUGACAAAUCUUGGAGAUUGUUUAAUACUCAGUAUCCCAGAAUUAAGAAGACAACUUAACGCUGCUGCAAUUAAACGUGAAGAUAUUAACGGUAUUUCGUCCCUAACAUUCACAAAGUCUGGAGAAGCGUUAUAUCUUCAUUCGAGUUCCGAACUUCAACGCAUCUCGUUAUCAGCGACAAAAGUAACAAAAGCCCAUUGUACACUUAAUUUACCACCUAGUGCUAGAGUAUCUGCAGAAACUAGUGCAGAAGAACAAGCUGUUAACGAAGAUGCAACUGAGAAUGGUGUUGUAGGUUCCAGUGGUGAAGAAUCUCCAAAGGAACCUUCCCUGCAACCUUCCGCAAGUAUCACUGAGGUGAAUGGGGAAGAUGAACGACAGGAUUUAAGUUCAGUUGGAGAUAUCACUAUUGACAGUGUUAAGGAUCAUUUACUUAACAAUUCAAUUUUCAGAAAUGCUCCAUCAUCGGAAGAACUCCAUAAUCGUUUGACAGGCCUUAAAAUGGAAGUGACAUCAUGAACUUCUAUAAUAAUCACAUCAGUUUUAAUUGUAAAAAAAAGUUUAGUAGAUUUUUUAAAUUUGAAUUUAUAAUAUGCAGCAUUAAUGUUAGUUACAAAUGACUAUACUGUCAAAGAUCAUGUGUAAAAGCUGCUUAAGUUAUACAACUGCCGAGAAUAUGAAGACCUUAAUAUUAUAAUUAUAAACACCUUUGGAUUUUUAUGAAUAUUGCGCACUUCAUUUUACUUUUAUUUGAGUGGUCUUGAGGAACUUUGCAGUUUAGUGGAACUAGGCCUAGAAAAUAUUACAUUUUACUCAAUUCAAACACGUUUCACUGCUAGUUUCUUUUUAAAAGGAACACUUGAGCUUUUUUUAAUACUAUUUUAUUAGAAAAACCUUGUGAAUGAUUACUGUGCAGAUUCAUUAGAUAUAAAGGUAUCUAAAAUAUAAGUAAUAUUCUGAGUAAUAUUGAUUACAACAUAAUGCAUAUACAUAGAUGAUACAAUUUUAAUGAAAUAACUGUUUUUUUUGUAAUCGUAUUUUAAUUUUUAACUUAAUUUUGCAUCUUUUGAGAUAAGAUCCAUCGUUGAUAUAAUCGUAGUUUAAUACUUAUUGCUGUACAGACAAUAGCGACAUUUGGUAAAUUGUGAGUAUGGCAGCCAUAUUGUAAUACGAAAUAUAAGUUUAUAUAAAUAACUAAGCUAUAAGAAACAGUAUUGAGAAAAUAAUAUUCAAGAUAUUAGAAAAUACACACACACACACACACACACACACACACACACGAGAUAGUCCGAUGAAUCUUAAAAUACGAUUACUGUUUCUUGAAGCCCAGUAUUUGCAUUUCAAAUGAUACUGACAUGACUUAAAUUGACUGCAAUAUUUUAAAUGUUCUGAACAAUCAAUGUGUUUCAUAAAAUACAAAAUAAUUCAUAUAUGAUUUUGAUGUUCCGAACAUAGCGACAAAUAUAGAUACUUAAGUACAAUUACGUUUUUCACGAACAAGCAUAGAUAUUAUUAAAAAAAAAAUAAAAAAAAAAUUAAAAAAAAAUUAAAAAAAGAUAUAAAAAAAAAAAUAAAAAAAAAAAGAAUAACAUACCAAUUGCCAUGACGCAAGUAAUGAAGCGUGUUAAAAAUAUAUUUUUUAUCCAUGUUACUUAUAUAAUCAUAAAGUCUUCUUUCUAUUUUCUGUGAAAGUUACUUAAAAUCCUCCCUUUUUUUUCAAGAAGCAACAUUAAUAUUAACUGUAGAGAUGUUAAAAGUCUUUCCAAACUCCAAGUUAUUUAAGUAAAUAAUUAUUUGAGAAUUAUUCUUGGCAAAGAUGAUUCGUGGCAUAUCAAGUUAUAAUAGAAAAUUUUUUAAUCGAACGAAUCUAUUGCUAGAUUAUCAUAAUAAUUUUAUUUGAUAUCUCCCAUAUUUUUGAUCUCAUCGUCAAUAGGAAUUUUUUUAGAAGUUAUUCUAUUGUUUAUAUUAUGUGCUUCAGUUUGGGAAAGACUUAAUAAAAGAUUUAAAAAAUUGCAGAACACUUGACAAGUUAUUCUGAAAAGAAUGACUAUUUUUCUCUUUUUGCAUUUAAUUGACAUAUAGAAAGCCAGUGAUCAUUUUACUUAACUGGGCGUAUUUUAUCACAUUUACGAUUUAUUGAUAACAGCGCGCGCGCAUAGCGAGAUAAUAGAAAUGAUAUAUAUAUAUACAUACAUACAUAUAUAUAUAUAUAUAUAUAUCUUUAUGUUAUUUUACAUACAAGUAUAGUAUAAUGUUGAAUUACAUGUAUACUUUUGCUUUUAAUGCUUUUUUUUUUAUUAUAUUAUAUCUUUUAAUAUAUAUAAAUCAUUGUAUAAGGCGAUUUAUUUUUAUUUGCCACUUUUAGUACAAUGUUUUAAGAAUUGUUUAAAAAUAUUUUGAAGAAAAAAAAAAAAAAUAAAAAAAAACCUAAAAAAAGAAAAAAGAAAGAAAGAAAGAAAGAAAUACGAACAUAUUACGUGCAUUGCAUAAAAUGUUAAAACUCAAAGAAUGGCAGCAAUUGCGUUAUUCUACGUGACUGGUCCAAAACGUUUGACUAACGAAAAUAUAUAGAGAUUGACAUGCCUGGUCUAAGUAUAUAUACAUAUGUAUUAACUUGCUGAAACAUACGUCCAUAGACAAAUGUACAGUUUAUUACGUGUAACGUUACUUGCACAGGGCCUUUGUAGAUAAAUCUUUGUAGUUACAUCGUUACUAUACACAUAUGCCAAUUGAAAAAACUUUUAUUAAGUUUUCUUAUAAAACUCACUUAUUAAAAUUCACAUACACGCAUAUACACAAUCAACGUGAUACUAAACUCUCUCAGUUUAGCUAUACAUAAAGUACCACAUACAAUUUAUCAUAGCUUAUUGUAUAGUAUAACGAUUUAUUUUAAUAAAGCAGAUAAAAAUAUACUAAUGAAUCCGCACUUAAAAUAAAUUAUUCAUCGAUUUUCUAUUACUCGUUAGAAUGCAAUUGUUGCACGUAGAAAUGAAAGAGACACUGCCCUGAAAAUCAAUUCCUAUCUAUCGUUAAAAUAUCGUUUGUAACAUUUUAUUAUUAUACAUUAAAUACUUAUUUCUAAAAUAUUUCAA